GACGGAUGAUGUCAUGUAAGCGUAACCACGCCCACCGCAGUAUGAUCUCGAUGGGAUAUGAGUUUGAUUACUGUGGUAGCAUCGUUUGUAUUUCGGUAAUACAUUCAAUACACUUUUCCAGAAAUUUCAGUGUGGUUAGCUUUCAUUUGCUGUGACGGAUAAAAUAUUUUCUCUUACGAAGACGAGAACGUAACGUUCAUUCAAAAAGGAUAGCUACUGCGCAUGCGCAGUGAAGACAACAACAGCCCACUACAGCAAAACAAUGGCGACUGCCGUGGAGAAUAUCGUCAAAGUGCUUGGAGAGCAGUACUACAAAGAUGCUUUGGAACAGUGUCACAGUUAUAACGCCCGGCUGUGUGCCGAAAGGAGCAUCCUCAUGCCGUUCCUGGACUCCCAGACCGGAGUCGCUCAAAGCAACUGUUACAUUUGGAUGGAGAAGAGACACAGGAGUGCAGGUACCGCACCGGGGCAGCUGUACACGUACCCUGCUCGCCGCUGGAGGAAGAAAAGACGAGCUCACCCACCAGAAGACCCUGCUCUGGUUUUUCCUCCACUCAAAGCUGCUGAGCUGGAGCUAGGAUUGAAAAAAGAUGUGUUGGGCCCGUUGGAUGGGAGCAGUCUGGAGGCCUUGCUGAAAGGAGAACCGCUGGAUAAAAGAGCACCUACAGAGCUCAGACCGCCUGAGGAAGAAACCAACCUGACUGAAAUCACUGGAACCAGUACGGCCAGCAGCCACAGCGGCUCUACGCGCAUCAGGAAGAGAAUCCUUGAGCCGGAAGAUUACUUGGAUGAUCUGGACGAUGAAGAUUUUGAGGAGGAGACUCCGAAAAGACGAGGAAAAGGAAAGUCUAAGGGUCGAGGAGUUGGAAAUGGAAAAAAGAAAUUGGAAGCUGCUGCAGCUGCACAGGAAGAUCGAGACAAACCGUAUGCUUGUGACAUCUGUGGGAAACGCUAUAAAAACAGACCAGGUUUGAGUUACCACUACACUCACUCUCACCUGGCGGAUGAGGAGGGAGAAGACAAAGAAGAACCUGAGAUUCACACACCUGCACCACCAGAGGAACCCAAGACCCCUAAGAAAGGACCGAAUGGUCUGGCGUUACCCAACGACUAUUGUGACUUCUGUCUGGGCGACUCCAACAUGAACCAGAAGACAGGCCAGUCGGAGGAGCUGGUGUCCUGCUCGGAUUGUGGGCGUUCAGGACAUCCUUCGUGCCUGCAGUUCACUGCGGUGAUGAUGGCAGCUGUGAAGACUUACCGCUGGCAGUGUAUUGAGUGCAAGUGCUGCAAUGUUUGUGGCACAUCUGAGAAUGACGACCAGCUUCUGUUCUGUGAUGACUGUGAUAGAGGAUACCAUAUGUACUGCCUCAGCCCUCCCAUGUCAGACCCUCCAGAAGGAAGCUGGAGUUGCCACCUGUGUCUGGCUCUUCUGAAGGACAAGGCCUCCAUUUAUCAGAGCCAAAACCCUGCGAUGGAGUGACCGUGAAAACAGUCUACCUUGAAGAACACGCAGUCCUCACGUGCACACAGAAACACACUGUCGUGAGAUUUUACACAAUGCUGGAGAGGUAGAAAGAGAAAUCAUUGGCCCUAACCUAGUCAUUGUCUUUGGUUUUUAUUUCACUAUGACUGUUACACACAUCACAAGCAGUGUUUGAAAUGAACGAGUGCACAAAGGAGAAGUUCGAAAAGGGUUAUAUACACUUCAUGCAUUAUGAGCAGUAUUUCCACAUUCCUUGAUGUUAGGGCCAAUGGUUCACAUGAUUAAGCACCUGUUUAUGCAUUGCCAAAUAUUCUUUUUAUGUCUUUAUUCACUCAAGAUACAUUUGUUUACACAAAGCAAACAUAUGGCUUAAUCCUUCAAGGAUAUCAUGGAUUUAAAUAUUCAUUUGUACAAGAAGUGUAUCUCUGUUUGUCGUAUAUAUGAUUAUUUCUUGUAAGUUGUUCUUUCAGGAAGUAAUUGUGCCAAGGUCCAAGAUUCAAAAACCAGAAGAUGGUGCUGUAUUUUUAUUUUUAAGGUCAUGUUUUUUUUUUUUUU